UCGACUGACAUUUAAUGAUUUUAAUUCUGUGUAUUAAUAAAUAUAGUAUGUAUGUAUACCGUUUGUAUGGUUAAAUUCAUGUCUAGUCUAUGAUUCCAAAAAAAAGUUUUUUUUUCAAAAAACACAAUUUUUCAAUUCAUUAUUUGACGUGUCAGGAAGUCUCGUGCACUCGUUCCGAAAAUAAAAGUGUCUUGUAAUUGAUUAGUUCGUAUAUUAUUUGGAACUAGUACACGACUCAUACAGUUAUACCUAACAACCGCGCCAACGCUGUACUCGGACAACCGAAAUUUCGUUGUUAUUAUUUUUCAGGCAUCUGGGAAGUAUGCAAAAUAAUCAAUGACGACAUUGAUUAAUUGUUCACAGAGUGAAAUAGGUUUUUGGAGUAGGUUGUCACGUUCGUCGAUGAAUGAACGUCGUGCCGUCGCUGAAACUUGCUCUGUAUUAGCAACGGCACGCGGUGGCAUGACGGCGCAUAGUAUAGGCAUUAUUGGGAGAUGCGCGAGGGCGACUAAUCGAUACAGUUGUGACGCGGUGCACUCGAAUGGGCACCGCGAACGUUGUUCAAAGGGGGCUGGCCCGGCGGUAAGCGUGCACGUUCCUCGGUCGUUUCGCCCUCCGAGUCCGUAUCGGCUCCCUCAGUACCAUUCGUCCCUCCGACGCGCACCGACGUGAUAUGCGUUCGUCUCGGGUCUUUUGUUGUUGCGGUUGUCGUCGGUUCGUACGGUUACCGUUCCCCUAUGAUGCGGUAGGUGUAGAACCGCGUGACUCGUGUACGUAAAACGAGAAAAGAAAAAGAAAAACCUUCUUCGAAACCGGUGCGCGCGUACACAAUUGUUGUUGUACACGUCGCGGAUGCACAGCGGUCUAAGGCACCGCCGUACAGACCGGGACUGCAUGCGAUGCACGGAGCAUGACACUGUGCCGCAGCGAAACCAGGCGGAAGCAGAGGCGCAUCAACGGGCUGCAGAUGCCGUGGCACCCGCAGCAAGUGGCCGGUUGGCUGGUGCUGGCCGCGUUCGGCGCCUGUACGUUCGGCGUCCUGUUGCCCGGCCUCGGGCCCGAGCUCUACCCGGUCGCGCUGUUCGUGCUGGGCAGCCUGUUCUUUUUGCACGUGGUGUCGCACGCCGCCGCGCUGCUCAUCGACCCCGCGGACCCUCAGCUCCGGGCGCUGCGCGACGACGACCCGCGGAAGACCGUGCCGGAGCUGGACAAGAGCAAGCACGCGCACGUCAUCGAGAACGGUAAAUGUCACCUGUGCAACAUCUACACGUCCGGGCACCGGACCAAGCACUGCGGCUCGUGCAAUAAGUGCGUGGAGAAGUUCGACCACCACUGCAAGUGGCUGAACCACUGCAUCGGCGCGCGUAACUACGUGGCGUUCAUCGUGAGCGUUGUGUCGGCCGUGCUCGCGUGUCUGGUCAUCGUGCUGGUGUCGUCCGCCGAGCUGGUUCUGUACAACGCGGACCCGCUGCGCGUCGAACACUACCUGCGGCCGAUAUUCGCCAACCAGACGGUGCAGAUGAACCAGCUGUUCAGCGUCAGCCGUCUGCCGGUCGAGCGGAACGUGUUCGUCGCGGUCGCCUCGGUGCAGUGCGCGCUCGCGCUGGUUGCUCUCGUGCUGCUCCUGCACCUGUGCGUGUUCCACGUGUACAUAUCCGCGCUGGGCAUCACCACGUACGAGUACAUCAGGAACUACCGGCGGUACCCCGAGUUCGAUUCCAGGAACGGCGCGUCAUCGUCGACGUUGUCGCUGUCCAACAACCGGUCCAGGAACAAGCCGUCGUCCGAGCUGGCCAAGCUGUACGCGUUCGCGUGCUGUUACGGAACCGUUACGGCUGCAGGUGGCCGGCGAAAGCGGCCGUCGUGCGGCAUCCACUCGAACCUAGGUCACGCGCAGCAGGACGACGGCGGUGGAGCCGGUGGCGCCAACAACGACAUGACCGUCGAAACGGUCGAGUCGUACGGACGCGGCGGCGGUCUGUUUGUGAAAGAUUUAGAGACGAGACCGGACGACCGUGUGCAGAACGUGCCGCCGAAAUGCCGAUAUUGUCUGGAAAAAGACAGGAUCCAGGGCAACGGGGCCCGGUUCUUCGUGCUGGGCAAGCGGCGCAAAGGGUUCUGCUGCUGCUUCCAGAAGCCCGAACCGGUGUUCGAGCGCACCGCGGCCGUGCACCACGUCAAGGUACCACCGUCGCCGUUCGCAGUGCGUCGGAACCGCGUGAUACCCGCCAACGAUCAGUUGUCCAUGGUCAAUGAGUGGAAGUCGUUCAACUCGAGCACGUUGUCCGCGCUGCCGGCGCUCUCGCAAUCUGCCGGCCACCAUCCGAUGCAGAAGAUCACGCUCAAGGAAUUGGGCCAAGUGCUCGCGUUCGUCGAACAGCAGCCGCUGAGGAAACAGCGGCGCAAAGUCGGCAACAACAACCCGCAAAUCAAACACUCCAAGUCGUCCUCCAACCUGUCGCCCAUCCACGAGUCAGGUCUUUCCAACCCGUCCACGCCGCAGCUGAAGAACCGUUAUCCCCAGACCAGACCGUGCAGUUGGCUGUCGACUUCCCCGCAGCACAACUCUUCGAAAAGCGCGUGAUUUUCCUUCUCUUUGCUUUUCGUUUCCCGUGCGAUGUACAUUCAUCAUACCUUCACUCUCUUCUUACCGUUCUCGCCACCAUCGAGUAACAAUAUUAUUUUUUUUUUCAUUUUUAUCUACCAUACCCUAUUCAAAUUUUUUAUUCGCCCUUGUAUUUUCUUAGCCCUUUUUGUCUGUAUUACAAUUAUAUAAUUUAAAUCCAAAUCUAAUGGAUGUAUAUAUAUAUAUAUAUAUGUGUUUGUGUGUGUGUGUGUGUGUGUGUGUGUAGGUAACAAGAGUUAUAAUUAUAGUACGAUCGUAAAUAUGCUAUGCUAACAUAUUAAAUGGAAACGUCACUGGUCCGUUAUCGUUAAAAAAAAUUCGGGAUUUCAAAGAUUUGUUUUUAUACCUAUAUUUUUAUUUAUUUGUGAGUAUGUUUUCGUUGUAACUCGUGAUUGACGUUUUCGAAUAUCAACCAAUAAUUAGAAUCCAUUUAUAUCAAUGAAGUUGUUUACAUUUUUAACGAUCACGCAAUAUUAUAAUAUAUGUUAUCAUGCAAUGUACUGAAGUCAUGGUUUGUUGUGAAAUAUUAAUAUUUUAAUACUUUUUCAUUUUU